AUGGACUGGACGACAACGAACGUCAUACGCCGGGAUGGGGAGCAGCUUGUUACCCAGCCUAGAAGCAUCACAUCGGCUGGGGCUGUCAUAUCUCGAAUCGAGUCCAUCUUGGAGUCUGUCCUUGACUGUGUGGCCGAAGGAAAGGAGCUCCUGAUCGACUUUGCCACAGGUAGAGAAGAUCAAACCACCCAAAAGAUCCAUUUCCCAGGAAAGUGUUUGCAGGAGGCCACAAAAUUCGCUCGGAUCCUUCUCAUUUUGCAGCUCGCCCACGACGCUCUGGUUUCGGGGAUAGUAUUGACCAAGCGCCACAUCUUCUAUCAGCACCAAGAAUUAUUUGGCAGCCAGAGGACGGUGGAUAAGCUUGUAGACAGCCUUGCCCUAGCACUUGGCAUUCAUCGUGAUGAGUUGAAUAUUGUCGCCUCUUCAAAGGGAGUCUUCUCAGGAUGUCUCAGUAUUCGCCUUCAAGAUGAUAGAGUGAUUGGUCCCGCCACAGGUGAUGCGGUUUGUAGACCUGAUUCUACCGCUUGGGAUUACGCUACCAACGACUGGAUCAAUUGCGACCAUAAACUGCGAAGCCACACGGUGGAUUCUCGUCGCAAUAUUUCGCUCUUUGACAUCUUCGUCGUUUUGGCAAACGCCAAGGGGUAUCCGGACAUACUCACAUGCUCGUUUCUGCAGCUCAUCCGCUUCAACUGUCCACAGAUACCAAUAUUUACACUAGUCGACUAUGACCCUGAUGGGCUCAAUAUUUUCCGCUGCUAUCGUUUUAGAUCUAACAAUGCAAUUCAAGAAACAGAUGCUACGACUUCAAGUAUACGCUGGCUUGGAAUCAAAUCACAAGAUCUUCUAGAAUAUGAGACUUAUCUCAAUAGCUCGAUAAGGCACUCUUCAGCCAGCCAGCAAUUGACAAAUAGUCAGUCGUCCGAGGAGAGCAAUAGUUCGAAAACGUCAAUCUCGUCUACCGAGUGUCGUGACCCUGUUUCAUUUCUUUCAACACGCGAUCGUAAAGUCGCCGUCGGGAUUUUAGAAAAGCUGUUAGACGUCAAAGAUGAUGCUGAAGUCGUCGAAGCCCAGAGAGAACUUCAAGUCAUGUUGAUGAUGGGCGUCAAAGCUGAGAUACAAUGGCUCGAUGAAGCAGGAAAUCUCACUGACUGGCUCGACUUCAAGCUUGGGAAGCUCCUUUUAUAG